GCCACGAAUGAACAUAAUACCAGUGAAGACUGGACCCUCAUAAUGGAUAUCUGUGAUCGUGUUGGAACAACAUCAAAUGGGCCAAAAGAUUGUCUGAAGGCAAUUAUGAAGAGAAUAAAUCACAAUCCGCACGUGGCAAUGAAGGCUUUAACGUUAUUAGGAGCCUGUGUCUCAAACUGCGGGAAGAUUUUCCACCUAGAAAUAUGUUCUCGUGACUUCACAAGUGAAGCUGGAAAUUUAUUAGGUGCAUAUAGUAAGGCUCAUCCAAAAGUAUGUGAGAAACUUAAGGCAUUAAUGGUGGAAUGGGUGGAGGAGUUUCACAAGGAUCCCCAGCUUAGUCUUAUUGCUGCUACCAUCAAAGCACUUAAAGAAGAUGGUGUCUCCUUUCCUACAGCCAGCUCUCAGACACUGCAAAUUCAUCAAAAAAACGGCAGCACAUCACUAAGUAGAACUACUGAAGAUAUAGAUCUAGCUAAAGCUAUUGAAAUUUCUUUGCAAGACCAGAAGCAGCAGCAGCAGACAGAGACAAAAUCUUUCUACCCGUCAGCAGAAAGUGCUGUGAACUGUCACAGAACUGAAAUACGCAUGGUCCGUGCUCUCUACGACUUUGAGGCUGUUGAAGAUAAUGAGCUUACUUUUAAAGCGGGGGAAAUAAUCACCAUUUUAGAUGACAGUGACCCUAAUUGGUGGAAAGGAGAGACUAAAAAAGGUGUUGGGCUUUUUCCUUCCAAUUUUGUGUCGACCAGUCUGAAUGCAGACCCCGAGCCAGAGAAGGUCGUGGUGCCUGAGGAGACAACCGUACAAGAUGUUCAGCCUUCUGAGCCGGAGCCAGUUUAUAUAGAUGAGGAGAAGAUGGACCAGGUUUUGCAGCUGCUUCAGAACGUAAUUCCCACAGAUCAGCAACCUGAUUCGGUGGAGCUGCUCCAUUUAGAAGAUGUCUGCCAACAAAUGGGACCAAUCAUUGAUGAAAAGCUUGAAGAAAUAGACAGGAAGCACUCUGAGCUGUCGGAACUGAAUUUGAAAGUUUUAGAGGCCCUGGAGUUGUACAACAAAUUGAUGAAUGAUGUGCCUAUGUACUCUUCCAUGUAUUCCAAGCCUCAGACCCAGUCGCAAGCUCAGGCUUUCUAUGCACAACAGUCAGGCUCUGUUCCAAUGCAGGUGUAUCCAGGGCAGUCUCAGAGUGGGACGUACAUGGCAGCAGGCAUCUCCCAGGUGGCAGCAAGCCAGGGCUACAGUAUAGGACCGGAUCAUAUUGGAGCGCUGAGAUCUCUGCCCCCAAAUGCAAACCAGAGCAAUCAGGCACCCUAUCUGAGCACUGGAGCACCGCCAACAUACAUGAAUCAAGCAGUGAGCCUCCAGGUAACAACUGGACCUGCCACUCCCUACACGGGCCAAGUAGGACUGAGCACCGACAUGUCUGCCUAUCAGAACACUACCGUCAGUGCAUCUCUGGCUGCAGGCUAUCCCAUGGCCUCCCAAGCUCAGCCUCUCCCUCAGCAACACUCUAACUAUUUUCAGCAGCCGCUGCUUUGAAGCUUGCCUCCUGGUGCACAUCUUCAGACAAGUGUACUGGUUUCCAUGUUAUUGUGCUGGAUGUUGCCCUGGUGAGGUUUAACGUGAUGCUACAAGAAGAACUGCGCCAACGCGUGAGCUUUACAUUUGAGAUUUCCCUCCUCCACCCCCUCCCCUCCCAGGGCAUUUGUAGUGGGCUCUUUUCCUUUUCUCUCCCUGUAUUGUGUCCUCUUAAUGAAAUGGGUGCAAAUUUAUUUUCUAGUCUUUUGUUCCCCCCCCCCUCUCAGACCUGUGGAUCAUGAAGUUCAUUUGCUCAUGGCCACACCACGAACUCACCUGUUCCAGCUGAACAUUGUGGGACCAACGUGUACCCACCUGUUAAAAUGAGCAUCCCCCUUCCCAGCCUGUCAAUGCAACUACAAAACAUGACUCUCGUGAUUUACCCUGGCUAAGUUCUUGUGCGUUCUCGGAACCAGAUGGAGAUAGUGAGAGGUGUAACAUCAACUGGAAGUGACGUGGCUGUUUCCAUCCCUGCCUGGGUUAUUGGAUUGUAGUCUCCACAGUGAUGACUCCCAAUGUCCCAUUCAGUUCUGGACUGUGGGAGAUUAUGGGUUUUAUCCCCGAUUGCUUUCCACCUGUUCUCGGUCUUGACCAAGGUUCUGGAAUUCAUUUGUUGUGUCUGAUGUUGCCCUGGUCGCUGCUUUGUCAUAAUGAACAGUGAGCUGACGGAGGUUUGGGCAGGCGGAAGACGGAGAAUAAAACUAACCGUGAAGGUGCAGCCCUCAAGUUACCCAAAAGCAAAAUUAAAAAACAAAUUCUUUUAACACCCAAAGUAUCGUCAUAAAUCAUUUCAUCUGGAAUGGGGAAAGGAUUGAGUAAAGCAGUAGUGAUGAAACAUCGAGAUGAUUGUGUUUUGAGCACGUUCUGGCCUGGGUUCGUGGUCCAGUGGACAUAUCAUGGUCUGAAUUCAUGGUGCAUUACUUCAUGGGCUAGGCAACACUGCCCUAUAUCCUCAACAGACUCAAGAUAGUUAUGUGCAUCAUGAUUCUACCCCUGUGACACCCAUAGUAUUGAAUUAACUGAUUUUGUUUUAUUGAUCUGUGGCUCUCAUUGUGCAUGGGAAAUCCAAAUGAGCACAAUCUUUUGUUUUCCUGUUUUUUUGAUUGAAAUUUCAUGUUUCUGUCCCUUGUGAUUAGUGAUUUACAGUUCACUGGACAAAUACAGCCCACCCCCUGCAUCACCACCAAAAUCUGCAGCACAUCCUGCUUCCCUGAGCUAAAUGCUUUGACCAAUCAGGAAAGCCACUUAACAGGGUCACAACUUGUCGUAUGUACUUGAAAUGGUCCAUCCACCCCAGUAAAUGUAGUGAUCAUCCCUUUAUUCUUUUAACUGUGUUCCUCCAUGGACUUUGUAAGGCAUGCCUGAGUCUAAACUGCAAACCUACAGGAGUAAGUUCAGAGGAGGCUUUGUGGAGCUGAGGAGCAAGGAGGGAUACUAUAAUCUUGGCUUUUAGCCAGUGGAGCAGGGAAAGUGCAACACCUGUGGAUCUAUUUCACCACCUCCUGACUGAAAUUGGCUAACGUGACUCUUAUUAGGCCAGCUUUUGUACCCUCUUUCCCCUACCCAAAAUAAUUAUGGUUACACAAUUACCAUUGGGAGUAUGAACUGCAGUCUGAUGUUCUUGCAGAGGAAAGCCUGGGUUAUUGGAUGUAGUAGAUGAGGGGGAAAAAAAUGUCAGAUAAUGGUGUUUUAAGGUUUUAGUGGCGAGUCCUGUAUGCAAUCAGUACAAGACAGUGAGAAGCAACCCAUGCCCCACUGAAAAAGGUGUCUGAGUUAAGAGGAGCAGAUUGUGUCUGAGUCUAGUGGAAUCUUACCAAUAAUAUGCAAGACUCCACAAAGUCCUUUGCCAACCUACUCUACCACCACCACCUCCAGAAUACUGGAUUUCAAUUGUGAUUUUAAGUGUAGUUCCAAGAUCAAAUGUUGUGUGACCCUUAGUUGGCAGGCUGUCUGUAUAAUACACCAGUUCUCCAAAAGAUUGGGGGGUGGUUCUUUGAAAUGUUUGUCUUUUCAAAAGAAAAUUGAUAAUCAUUGCUCUUGAGUGCUUUCUGCAAUUGCAGUUGUUUUUUUUUGUCAAUGUUGGAAGUUGCUGCUGUAUCCUAGUGCCACCACAGAUGGUCUGUGUACGUUCAUUGUAUUGUGCACUGACUGGGCAAGGAUAGCUCUUGCACUCUUAGGAGAUUCCCCAGUGCUUGUGUGGCCAAUCAAGGCACAAAGACCCCCUUUUAAAUGAUCUUCACACUUUCCCUUUCUGUCAAUGUCCCCCAUCAUAAAAUUUUAAACUAUUUCUUCUGAUUAUGAACAAUUUCAUACCCCACUAAUGGGUGCCCCUCCUAAUCCCAGCACAUAUCCUUCUGUCCCUUUCUGGCUCGCGUACAUAAAACUAGCUUUCCCUUAAAUCCACCUGUGCUAGUAGCCUCAACGGUAAUGAGUUAUACAUUCUGCUGCUUUAGAUUUAUGUGAACAUGUAUUUAUGGCCUCAAAUUUGGUAUCUCCCAAUAUUUAAAUUAAGUCAUUGGACCUUUGGAUGUUCUCUUGAACUUUGAAUUCAGUAGACUAGGCUGGAAAAAUAUCACAAUCUGAGGAUUGUUGUAAAAAUGUCACUGUCAAACUUUUACUUCCCCUGCCGUUUUAAAUCCGCUUAUUUAUAUUAAGCAGCUACUUGUAUUUAACAUCAGCACAAUAAGAUGGAAACCAACCAAUCUCCCCCAUGCCCAAUUAAUUCUAUUAUAAUGUAUGUUGAAGAUUUGUUUAUAGUUGUAUUUUACUUUAUUCCUUCCUUCCUUCCUUCCCCAUAAAGAGAAAAAUCCUGCUGAUUUGGGCUGUUUUCUCACUCUUUGACAGUUGCUUUUGUGUGCGUGAUGCUCGAUCGUUUUAAUUGGGAGUGUGGGAUUACUUUGUUUUCACACCCGUACAAGAACCUUUAGUUUAAUUCCUUCACUGAGUGCUGUAAUAUCAUAAUGCAAGAUGUCAGCAAGAAUGACGCACACUAUUGGCUUGUACUGACAUUUACUAGGCUUCAGUUGCCUUCCAGUUCUUUCAAAUAAUAAAGGAAUUAAUUUUUAUU